AUGAGUGCAAAUCAAUGGCCCCCGGGAGGGGGGCCAUCACCCAGUCAGACGAUCCCAUCGUACCUAAACUCCGGCGACAAUAUCGACCAGCAAACGCUGUUACUGCGCGCAGCUGGAGACGAAAAUGGGAUAAGCGGGAAGCUCCCUACUAACCCAUUCUUGAUCCACUUAACCCUCAAGAACGCCCUAGGAACGGAACCAACAAAAUAUGUCUCAGCGGUGAAAAAAGCAAGAGGUACCCAAUACGCCCUCCGAACCUCCUCCAAGAGGGCAUACGACAGAUUGCUGAAAAUAGAUCAGUUAGCCGAUGGACAGAAGGUCGAAAUUAUUCCGCAUCCCUUCCUAAAUAAAGUCCAAGGCCUACUAUUUGACCUUGACACCGCCAACAUGGAGACGUCGUCCAUCUUGGAAGCGCUGAAAGAGCAAAGGGUCAUAGAGGUUCGAAGGAUCACCAAAAUAGUUGACAAGAGCCCUGUUAACACACCGCUCCUGGUACUCUCUUUCUCCGGGUCCCAUUUGCCGGAAGAAAUCUUUCUAGGUAUGGUGCGCGUAAAAAUUAGACGAUACUACCCUAGCCCGAUGCAAUGCUUCCGUUGCGGAAAGUUUGGGCAUGGGUCAAAGGCAUGCAAUCAAAAGGAGGUUUGCCUCAAUUGCAGCGGGGAACACCAAGUUAUAAAGGGGGUCAAGUGCAAUGAGGAGAGCAAAUGCAUUAACUGCGGUGAGAAGCAUUCAGCCAGAGAUCGACAGUGCCCUGUUCAGAUGAAGGAGGCCCAAAUAAUUAAACUUAAAACGGAUAGAAAUCUAACGUUCCCCGAAGCCAGAGCACUGAUCAACCAAACAACCAACAAAAAUACUUUUGCAGAUGCUCUCAAAAAAAACCUCACGCCCACAGCUGAUGAAAGGGACAUAACCAUACGCGCACUAACGGAGGAGGUCGACAAACUCAAGAAACUGGUAGCAAACCGAUCGACGGCGGCACCCAAGGACGAUGAAAUCAAAAGACUCAACGAUGAAUUAACCUCCUCGAGAAAAGAAAAUAAGGAACUAAAAACUGAAAUGGCGGCGUUAAGAAAAUCUCUCGAAGACAUUAAAAAACAUCUUAUUGCCAAAAAAGCAGGCGAAUCCUCCAAGCCGAUGGGCCCCCCGGCAAACAUCCGAGACCCGAGAUUAACCUCGACCGAUAGAAUGCAAACCUACCUAGCAACCCCAGAAACUCCAUGCUCCGGUGAAAGGAGAUCCAGCCGUAACAGAAGCAAACAAGAGCACCGUGUCGAUUGCACAGACAAAUCUCGCAGCCCUAUCAACAAAGAACACCAAAGCAACCCCACCGGAAACACCCAGGAGGGAACCGCACCUAAAAAACCAAAACCUAAUCAAUCGCAGAACAAAAAAUGCGGAAACCCCGUGGACUGCACUGAACUCAUUUCGGAUUGA